ACACCAAGCCGGCAGUAAAACUUUGAUAUUAACCAUGGCAUUUCUUUCGUUUUUGUUUUAUCCUCCCAACCGUUUUUUAAAUUGGAAAAAAUAAUUACUCCUUUCAUUAAAUUAAUUAAUCAUUAAUUUAAAUAAUUUUUUUUAAAAAAAAAAGCCUUUCUUCCCACAGGUCUUUAUCUCUCGGUUCUUCCGCAAAAAUAAGCCCUAAAGCCCAAACUAAAAUUUCAAAUCGCAAUUUAAAUCCAAGGAAAGGAAAAGAAGGAACGUCUUGAUUGAAGCUGCGACGGAUUUCCUUGAAAAAGAUCCGAGAAAAUGUCUGAUAAAUCACCUCCUGGACGAGAGGUGGUCGUGGUACGUUCCGUUUGGUCCGACAAUUUGGAGUCCGAAUUCGAAUUAAUCAGAUCCAUAAUCGACGGCUUUCCGAUCAUUUCCAUGGACACCGAGUUUCCCGGCGUUGUCAUCAGGCCGACUUCACCCAGUGGUAGCCAAUACGUCCGGCCGGGUGAUGCAAAGGCGCAUUAUAGAAGCCUCCAAGCGAAUGUCAAUUUACUCAAGCUUAUCCAACUCGGCAUCACUUUAUCGGACGGUGACGGAAAUUUACCAGAUCUUGGCACCGAAAACCGGUUCAUUUGGGAAUUCAAUUUCAAAGAUUUCGAUGUCGCGAAUGAUGUCCAUGCUCAUGAUUCCCUCGAGCUUCUCCGUCGUCAGGGCAUAGAUUUCGAAAAGAACCGGGAACUUGGGAUUGACUCGGUCCGGUUCGCGGAACUGAUGAUGUCUUCGGGACUCCUCUUGAACGACGCCGUUACGUGGGUGACUUUCCACUGCGCGUACGAUUUCGGAUACCUCGUGAAAUGCUUAACGAGCGAGCUAUUACCGGAUCAACUCACUAAGUUCCUGAACCUCGUGUGCUUGUUCUUUGGAGACAGAGUUUACGACGUCAAACACUUGAUGAGGUUCUGCGCUGGAUUAUAUGGAGGGCUUGACCGUGCGUCUAAAGCACUGGGGGUGAAGCGAGCGAUUGGGAAGAGUCAUCAGGCCGGUUCCGAUAGCUUGCUGACGUUGGACGCGUGGUUGGAGGUCAAGAAAAGUGGUUUGCACUUGCUGUUUUCAGUGCAGCACCAGAGUAAUGUCGCCUUUGAACUUCUCUCUGCCGAAUGCUGAUGCUUCAUCAUCGUCAUUUCCUAAGACAGGUAUGGAUGCCUAUGCACAACAUAGAAUUUGAGGCACUCAACAUUGCUCAUAACUAACAGUUACAACUGGCGUCUUUUAUCAAUUUAAUUAACAUAACUGUCUUGAUUGAGAUGGUUAUAGUUUGUUAUAUAUGUUUUAUUUCAUAUGAGCUUGAGAUGUUUUCAACUUUUCAUGAUAAGGUCUAACAAUUAUAAUUUGAAAACGGCAAGAAGGCAUGUAGUUACAUGCGAAUUUUGCUUUGUGAAUAGUAUUCAAGUAUUUUGCGUUUGGUUGCUGAGAAUUAAAAAUUUUAUGGCUAAUCUUAAAAAAUCUAUUUAUUUUUAUGCUUGCUUAUGCAGAGCUCACCACUCAUGGAAAGCAUUGGUUUGUGAUCUUUUAAUGCAUGUUGCAGAGCAUAUUGUUUUAACACUGAGAAAUAUUUCUUGUACAUUGUAGAUAUUUGAUUCUUAAGUAAUGCCUUGCUUCUGAAAGUCAGUAAAUCUGAAUACCGAUGCAAAUACUUGCAUUUAUGAUUUUGCCAAACUGAUUCUUGCAAUAAAAGUCACUUUAAGGCCUUUGGCUUCAUUGCAGAUUUUUCUAGCAUGUUGGCCAUAGGAAAGAAGAAAAUAACAACUUAGAUAUCUGUAUAUUUGCCCUCUUAAAUUUGUACCUGAUGAUUAAGCAGUUGAAAAUAUGUUACUUCUGGAGGAUCUUUUUGUCUGUCAAAGAAAAUUGUUUAGCUUGUGGAUGUCUCCCACAUAAAGGGUAAAGGUCUUAAUGUUUAGGUUCUUUCAGAACUUAUGAUUGGCAUUGUUGAUAAUUAAGUAUAGAAGUUUGUGGAUGCCAGAAAUGAACUUACAGAUGUGUUGUUUUGCCUGUACUAAAAUACCCAUCGGAAAUAAGAAAUUUGGUGCUGGGAAUUUAGUUAGAAGUAAAAUGAAGUUCUGGGGUCUAGCCCAUUUGAUGUCCAGCAUUAAACUUGCUUGAACCUUAGCAGUGGGUCAAUAUCAGAGGUUAAAACAACUGCAACUAUUCAGCACACUUGACUUGCAAAUUACACAUUACAUAUAGGAAAACUUUUAUUGUCUUUGUUUAAUUCAGAUUCAGGAGUGAUUUGAUGAAUGCUAUCUUUGUAUUCAGCAAAAUGAAGGAAAGUGUCUUUUGAUUCCCAAAGUAACAACAAUGAAAAGGUCUUUUCCCACCACGUAAGGUCAGCUCUAUAUGAAGGAUCUUGUCUUGAGUAUUUCUCUUCUCUUGCACUAUGAUAUGUUUUCUUUGGUAACAUUGUGUAUAAAAAUAUAAAUGGUCAUCAGUCGGGUGUCUGUUGUGAGGAAUGCUUGACUCUUAAUUCCAAUAGUUAGGCCAUUAAGUAAAAAAAAAAGAAUAUAAAUCAAUGAUUUUCUUACCUAAAUGACGAACUUUUGAAAUGGAUUUAUCUAUAAAAUGGAUCAAGGGCCAAGGGUGGAACAGAAAAUGAUAACAAUUUUGAAAAUAUAAAUAGUAUAAUAUCAUUGUGUAUUGAAUUAUGACUCACAUGGCUAGAAGAUAGAAUGGGAUAAUGUUAGAUCCUAGGUUUAAGUGUUAUAUUCAAUUUGAAAUAAGAAAAAAGAAAAGAGAGACAAGGUGGCACGAAGGAGGAAUCUGGAUUGCAAAAGUAUACAAGAAACUCCUUUUCUGUUUGUUCAAUCAAGCGCCUGGCGCUAAAAAUGUUGAGUAUGCUUUACAAAAUAUAAUACACAUGCAAAAUUUGGGCUGGUUAGGGGUUGAUUCAUGAGCAGGGGUAUAAGUGUUGAUAUUUAAAGUUGCCAACCAUGCCUUAGAUUGAGUUGAAUACGUCUGUUGAUUUGUGCAUGAUAGUCCCUUCAGGCCUUUACUUUUCUAGGUAUGUGAUUGUCUUGCAGGAUUUUGUCUGAUUUGAACAGAAAUUCUAGCAUUCAUUCUGGUUCGUAAUAUUUAUUUCUUUCUUGCAGAAUAAUUCUGCUUGCAGUACAUACAUAAAAUUGUCUGUUUAUGUUCCUUUCCCUUAUUCCAAAAUUUGAUGUUCUCUCACUGGUUCAUCAUUGAAAGAAGAAACUUAGCUCUGAAUUACUCGCAAUUUGGUUCAAUUUGAACUCAGAAUUUAAGUCAAGUGAUUCAUGUAGCCAUCCCUAAAAGGUGGCAUUCAGGUCUGAAGUUUUGCUAGGUGUCUCCUCACUGGCCAAUUUAUAGAAUAUGGUAACAGAUAAUUCACUAUAAUGCCAACAUUUUUGUCGAAUUAUAAACUCCAUGAACAAAGAAAAACCAGAAACUGAACGUUGGGUUGGAAAUCUUUUCAUUGCAGGUCAACUAUUUUUUGCAAUUUAGCUGUCCUCAGAUGGUCCAAAGUUUCUGUGAUCGCGGAUGAAAGCAGGGCCUGAAAAAAGAAUCUAUUUAAAGCCCAUUGACCUUCAUAUAUAAUUUUGUCUACUUGCAAAAAUGAAGGAAUCUAUCAACAACAAAAAAAAAAUGGAAUCCAUGGGACCAAUGAUCCUAACAGUAUUGUUCUACUCCAGGAUUGGCUUGCAUUUGCAUAUUAAUCCUGAAGAACUGGAUCCGGUUUGGGUGUUAUUAGAGAGUCUUGUCAGAGAAUGUGAUAUUCUAUAUUCUUGAUUAAGCAGAUUGAUGAGACUGACAUCUCGGUCAUCAUAUCCACCAAGUCAUGACUCAGCUCAGGCCAAAUCAUGCUGUAUAAAUUGUGACUGGCACAUGUAUUUGUACCCUUAACAAACAACCUCAUGAAAAUGAAAUGGUUCAUCAACAUUUUGUGUAUAUGACAAAAUGAUCAAUGAAACCAAAGCAAAAGAGGGAGAAAAAUUCCUUCUUCAUGUGAUUCACCCACUGUUUCAAAGUGAAAAG